AUGGAGUCGAGUAUAGCGGGAUCGUUCGGAAAUGGGAUAGUUUUGAUCACCGGAAGUACGGGGUUUUUGGGUAAAAUGCUCACUGAGAAAUUAUUGAGAUGUUGUUCUGUGAACAGUAUUGCGAUACUAGUCAGAAGCAAAAAAGGGCUUAGCGCCAGUCAACGGGUUGCGGAUAUGUACAAGCAAUCUCUAUUUGACCGACUUCGUAGUGAAAAACCAGAUUUUAUAGAGUCAAUCAGGAUCAUCGAUGGACAUUUAGAUGAUCUUUCGAUGGGUUUAUCAUCAUCAGACCGAGAGUGGAUGGUAGAAAAUGUAAACUUUGUUUUUCAUUGCGCGGCUACGAUUAAAUUCAACGAACCCCUCGAGUUGGCAUCGAAAAUAAACAUCCAAGGCACUGAACAUGUAUUGGAAUUAGCAUCACAAAUGAAAAAUCUCAAGGGUUUCGUGCACGUGUCAACAGCUUAUUCGCACUGUCCGAGGAGUCUAAUCAAAGAAGAAUUCUAUCACGUCCCAAUCACGGCUAAAGAACUAAAAAAUGUAAUUGUUGACGAGGAAUUCUCUUUGAAAGUUUUGGAGGAUUGGCCCAAUACGUACACUUUUACAAAAGCAGUCACAGAAAAUAUGAUACUAACCAACGGAGAUCACUUGCCAAUAUCAAUAUUUCGUCCAUCGAUUAUCGGAUGCACGAAAUCUGAACCAGAACCUGGCUGGUUGGAUAACAUGAACGGACCAACCGGGCUGGUUACCGGAGUCAUGGUUGGAUUUUUGAGGACGGUACCAAACAUCGGGAGCAAUAUAACAGACAUUAUCCCUGCCGAUUACACCGUCAACGCAUUGAUUAGCGUCAUGUGGGACACGGUUAACAGACACAAACAGUCGAAUGGAGUGAACAAGGUACCGAAAAUAUAUAAUUACGUUUCGUGUGUCGAAAGCCCUUUGACUUGGGGUAGAUAUAUCAGAGAAAUGCACGAUCAUUAUUACGUAGCUCCUCCUUUGCAAUCGAUGUGGUACGGUUUUUAUAUUUUCUAUACGAAUUUAAUAGUUGGAAGUAUUUUGAGAUUUUUCUUACACCGAAUACCAGGCGCAUUUAUGGACUUGUUAUUGAUUUUGUGUGGUAAAUCUCCCAAAAUGUUGAGGAUGUAUGCGAAAACAGAAAAUAUGAUCGAUCUACUUUAUGAUUUUUCUACAAGACAAUGGAUAUUUGACAAUAGCAAUUCAAGAGAAUUGUGGUCGUCGCUAAGUCAAGAUGACCAGGAAAAGUUUCGGUUCAGCUUACAGGAAUUUGAUUGGAAAUCAUAUAUAAAAAGCUAUUAUUACGGGAUCAGGAGACAUGUACUGCACGAAGACCUAAGCAACGUUGAGAAGGCAACGUCUAAAAAUCGACAGUUAUUGUGGCUUCAUCGGUUGUUUGUGGUUCUAACUAUUUAUGCCAUGCUGCAAUUUUGUUGGACUUUUAUAAAAUAUACAUUUUGA